AUGGCUCCUAGCAGUCUUAGACUCGAGCCAGCAACCGUGGAAGAUGUCCCGGCACUGACUGAGGUCUGGUUCGCCGCUUUCACAGACCCUGAGCUAAGACGCCUGUGGCCGGACACACCAGGCGUGCGCAAGUGGUGGGACGAUGCCAAUCAUCACGACAUCCUCAACAAGCCUUUCCAGCGCUACAUCAAAGUGAUUGAUCCAGAAAACUUGGACGCCAACGGACGACCGCGAAUAGCUGCCUACGCGAAAUGGGACCUGUCCAUGCCGGAGGAUCGUGGCCGGCGAUAUCCAUCCUGGGCUGACGACAUGCCCGGUGAUGUCUGCGACGUCUUCUUCCAGAGAGAAGAAAAUGAAAGACUUCGUGUCAUGGGAAACGAAAAACAUUACUAUUUAGACACAGUCGCAACACACCCAGAUUAUCAGAGACGCGGCUGCGGCUCCAUGCUGGUCCAGUGGGGCUGUAAGCUCGCCGACAAAAAUGGCGUCGCAGCGUACGUGGAUGCAAGUAAGGACGGUGCGCCAUUGUACGAGAAAUGUGGCUUUGUGGACAAGAGCGAGCCUGGCUCCGGCGACAUUGCAUCCAUGGCUCGACGUCAGAAAAAGCAUGGGUGUGCAGCGGAGUCAUUAAAAACCGUUUAA